AUGGACAGGAAGGAGUUUGUCUUUCUGGAUCGAAAAAAUCAGCAUUCGGUGGCGGCAUCAUCGUCGCGUCCACUGCUCUUUCUGCUCCUGGGCAUAGGUAUAGGCUAUCUACUCACCCAGGUUGUUCUGUGGCCGAUUAUAGACCUCAGAUCUUAUUCUAAUCGCGCGGGCAAAACGACUCCGCUGGACAUCAACUUGACCGAUGAAGUGCGAGUGUUGUGCUUUGUCUACACAAAACCCAUCAAUCAUAAAACCCAGGCAAAGGCGGUCCGUGAAACCUGGGGCAGGAGGUGCAACAAGCUCCUUUUCCUCAGCAGCGGGGUCGACAGAAAUUUGUCGGGAUCCGUGGCCCUGCCAGUCAGUCCCUACUUCCGUGAAUCAUGGAAGAAAACAAAGAUGGCUUUAAAGUACCUCUAUGAUCACCACUUGACCGAUGCCGAUUGGUUCCUAGAGGCCGACGAUGAGACCUAUGUCCUGAUGGAGAACCUACGAUAUAUGGUCUAUCCGUACAGCCCAGAGAUGGCCAUUUAUUUUGGCUCACCGGGCACUAUAAUGAGUCGGGCUGCAUUGCGUCGUGUCGUGGAGGUGUCUAUGCCCAAUCCAUCAAAGUGCGAACCCAAGGACUCGGGUCCCACUGGCGGAAAACUAAAGGAGUGUUUCCAGAACGUCAAUCUAGUGGAGGGAAACUCUUACGAUUCCAAGGGACGCAGGCGAAUGUAUCUCAUUGAACCACAGGCCAGAUCCAAUUUUUACCUUCGCUAUAACCCAAAGUUCUGGUUUUGGAAAUUCCUUGCCCACAGGACACAAGAGGGUAUCUUUGCUUGGUCCAACUAUGCGGUUUCUUUUCCCUUUGUUCAACAUCGCUAUAUGCACUGCUUUGAGUACAUGAUCUACAGGUUGAGGGUUUUUGGAAGGAAACUUCCAGUCGAGACUCUUCCAGCAAAGUUGGAGAACAUUAAAGAAGACCGACCAGUUAAUGCUGAGGAAGAAGUCCCACCAGACUACGCCUAUUGA